AUGCCGAGAAAGGAAUUACAGUUCCCAGAAGAUAAUGACCAACGUCCGUAUAAAUGUGAGGUGUGUUCUCGAGGGUUUCAUAGACUGGAACAUAAAAAGAGACAUAUGAGAACACAUACUGGUGAAAAACCACAUAAAUGUCUUUUUCCGGGUUGUAGUAAAAAUUUUAGUAGAUCAGAUGAAUUGAAAAGACAUUUGAAAACACAUACAGGUUAUUCAAAUAAAAGAAAUAACAACAGUACAGCAAGUAUAAAAGGUUUCACAGGUAGCCAUGAAAAUAUGAUGGAUCCUUAUAAUCAAAAUCAAAUGGUUAAUCUUUAUUCUAUGGAUUCAAAUAUGUCUUUUGUAGUCUCUCCGCAACCAGUGCCAGUGGUGAUGCCUGUUCCUAUUCCAAUAAGCAUACCAUAUCCUCAGCAACAGCAACAACAGCAACAACUAUUACUACAACAGCAACAGCAACAGCAACAGCCAAUCCAGUUUUCCCCACAAAACGUUAUACCUCAUGCAACAUCCUAUUCACCAAUCCCUGUAACCAAUCAAAAUUAUCCUCAAUUAUCAGCAUCCGUUCAGAAUUUAUCGUCUUCACAAUUCGUAUCUCAACAAUUAAUGACUCAGCAUAAUAUGGGUGUUAACUCUGGUUUGCCUAUAACACAGUCCCAAGGUCAAUUAAACACUUUUCCAAAUCUAUCAAGCUCAUUGGAUAUGAGUGAUCAGUCUUCUAUUUUUUCAAAUCAACCAAAUAUAAUGCAACCAAAUGCAAAUUUUCUGGAACAAUAUGGUAAAAAUUCAACAACAUCUUUACUGUCGACCUCACCUUCUUCACUUAAUGAGUCCACGAUUGAAUUACAGAGCAAUAACGAUAUUUUACCAAGUGCAUCCUCACCUAAUAAACAUUCUUUCAAGAAAACUUUUCAAAAUGCUAUAAGUUCAUUACGAGUUAUAAUACAUUCAAGACCAAGAUCACCACCAUCUUCUAUAAAUAAAAUUAUAAAACCAUCCACACCCGCUGAAUCCAUCUUGUCUACCACAAGCAGUUUAGCUUCUUUGAACACAUUACUUAAAAAAGAACAAUUUAUGCAAAGAGAUACUCAGCUUUCUGGUAAUUUUAAUAACUAUAAUAAUAAUAAUGGUAACGAAAAUUGCAAACCUUUUUUUAGUCCAUACGAACAAAAAAAAAGUUCAGAAUCACCUAGAAUAAGGAAACCUACUUUUUAUAUAGUUGAUGAUGACACAGAUAAACAAAAAGAUGAUAUUAUAAAGUUACCAAAAAGUGGUGUUAAUUCAGAUUCACAUAAUACUAUUCAUUACGUUGAUGACGAAAAUGGAGACAAAUUCAAGGUCAAAUUACCACCAAUGAGUAAUAUCCUUAAACAAAUCGACAUUUUUAAUACAAAUUCAGCCUAA